AUGGCAGACAGUUCCCUUGAAGUAAUUAAGAAUAUAAUGGUGUGCCCUAUUUGUUCCGAGGUGUUGAGUGAUGCAAGAGUCAUCAGGUGGGGUCACAUAUUUUGUUUCCGAUGUAUAGAGCAAGAUUAUGAGAAGAACAGACUUAACAAAGGACACUGUCCAGUCUGUGGUGAAAGUUAUUUCAUUAAAGAACAACAAACACAGUACCUAUCAAACGCCUUUGUUGUUAAUGACUUACUAGAUAAAAUGAAAACACUUUCCUUUGUCUGUGCAUGGUGCCACAGUGGAGAUGGUAUUAGCAUUUGUCUGAAAUGCAAAUUAGACAUAUGUAAGUACUGUUCGGAGAAGACCAAAACUUUGUGCAGACACCAAAUGGUAACAAGGGAGUAUGUUGAUUCUGAUCCUUUCCUUCAAGAUCUUUUGCUCCGCAGUAAGUCCAGACAAGGAUGUCCUUCCCACCCCAAUGAAGAUGUGUGUCAUUUCUGUCAAACAUGCAAGCUUGUGAUGUGUGAAUAUUGUUUCAAUGCAGAACAUCGUCACCACUGGGUAGAGGGACUUAAAGAGUCAGUGGCCAUGCUUGUUAAUAAAAAUAUUCCUCAUAUGUUAGAAAACAAAACACAGGAGCUGGUGACGUUUUUAAGGAACCUAGAAGAGCCAAGAAACAAUGACGACUCUGUGAUUACUAUCUGGCCAACAGAUGAAGAGAAUCGUCUUUGUGUAUCAAAUCGAGAUGACUGUGCAAUUCUCCAGAAACAAAUGAAUUAUCUGUUUAUGUAUGGUAGAGACAAGACAAUUCUGCAGUUAUUUCAUGAACGUGAGAACAAAAUUGAUAAGAUCAUGAAUUAUAAGCCGGAAAGAGAAGUAUUUUACAUGAGAGAUCCAGACACAUACUUUAAAAAGAAACAUUCCACUACACACAUUGAGCCUGUUGAUAAAACUCAGAACCUUCAAAGAAAACUAGAAAAUUUUGAUUCUAAACUAGAAUAUUGA